CUACAGGAAGAAGAAGAUAGCCUCAGCUCCCCAGAGAUCACCUGUGAUACAAAAGAUGAUCUACAAAAGCUGGAGGCUUGGAUUCAGGAGAGGAAGCAACUCCGAUCUCAGCUGGAAAGCUUUGGAGAUGUUGAAAAAUGGCUGAGUCAUAAACCUACCUUUAGCAGCCUGGAAGAAAGAGUCAGGAAACGAAUAAUGGCAGCUGGAGUAGACCAGAGGGCUAAAAGCAAGUCAGCUGUGACCGACAGGCCAGACUGCUCACCACCAACAAGGAGCCAGACCCGGAAGAAGGGUAGCCUUCCCCUUAUUCGUGCACCAUACCCUCAAGCUCUUAUCAAACUGCAUAACCUCCUACAACAACAGAAGUUGACAAUGGUAGACAUCUUCAGAAAGGCUGGAAUGGAACAGAGAAAGAUCAUGAGAGCAGACUUCAUUAAAGUCAUCAAGGAGACAAAAGUUCCCAUCAGUGACAAGGAACUGGAGGAUGUGGUCAUCUUCUUGACUUCUUCAAAACGGGGGAAUUAUAUAAGCAGUGAAGAUCUGAUUGAAUGUCAAAAGCAGUGGCUGGAAAUGAGGAAAGGACAGCCCAAAGAGACCAGCAAAGAUGUACAGCCUCAGGUCCGGAGAAAUGCUUGCAAAGCUGCCACUUCUCCACCUUCUGCUGGGGACAAAGCUGUGGGGACGAAGCCUUGCUCUCCUACCGAGCCCAAAGAAAAGCUUACACUCUUGGAAGUGCCCCCAGUCAACACUGAGCCAGGCCGGCGACAUUUAAACUGUGACAAAAUGGAAGAGGUUGGAAAACUCUCAAGAGAGAGGAGACGGCUGGAGAAGAUCAAAGACAGCCCGAUAGAAUGGAAAGAAAAGUGUCGGCUGGUGAGAUCUGGGGAUGCACCCGUUGAUGAACACUGCCUGCCAUCAACUACAGAGGGUGACAUGGGAGCACUGGUUGACCAGUAUCGCAGAAAUGCCGUUGUGAACUAUAUGAAUUGCUCCAAGCUGUGCAAGGAGCGUAACAUUUGUCUCACUGACAAAGCGCUGCAAAGAGGCCUGCUGCACCCAGGAGACAAGAUCAUCAAAGAAGGAGAAGACGUGAGGAAGAUCAGGCAGCCUGGAGGAUACUACAGCACAGGACAUGCUGACGCCACAUCUUCUCUGAGCAUGUCCAAGUCAAAAAGUGCAUCAGGAAAACAGGCCAAAGAGGCAGAAAACAG